AUGAACCCGCAAACUGCUUUGAGGCAAACCUUUGCAAGUCCAAGGCAGAGCCUGGUCAUGAUCGAAACAAUGAGGCAUUCAGUCUCUAAUUUGAACAUCCUACCCCAUGUGACAGGGAUCCACUUUGCCGUUGAGGAUGAACUAUGUGAUCUAAGUGAACUGAGCAUUGGCGCCAGUAGCGAUGAGGAAGUAAGCAUUGGCGACAGCAGCGAUGAGGAAAUAAGCAUUGGUGACAGCAGUGAUGAGGACAGCAGCGACGAGGAAGUAAGCAUUGGAGACAGCAGCGAUGAGGAACUGGAAUCAGAGAAUGAAGAAUCAGAAAGUGGUGAAGCUGAAGAGAAUCAGAAGGUUGUUAAAACCAGGAAGCCAAGAACCAAGAAAGUGCGGCGGCGUGUUCGUCGAGUUAAGUCCACCGUACCGGUAGAUGUGGCACAUCCUGCUCCCAAGGUAGACAACAAAGCUUCCACUGGUGACGCUUGUCCGCGCCACUGUCAUAAUAUGACUAGAAGCCAAGGUGUACACAGGACAAAGAGCUCAGCUGAACAAGGGGAUGAUCCACCGGUACCCACACACCGUUGCUCUCGCCGUGCCACAACACGACGGUCCAGUCGUCGCACAACCAAGAGUGUCUCCCCAGCUCCUGCUGCUAGAAGUCAGCGUAGAUCUUCUCAUAGACGUGAGGCUCUCAAGGAGUCUAUCCCCGGCUCGAGUUUCACAUCACUCUGGACGCAGCUCGACACAUCGUCGCCCUAUAAGGAGGACUAG